AUGUCUGAUACAAAAAUUGAAGAUAGCAGCAAUGACAAUACAAGUGAGGUUAAUUCUAAAGAACAGCUUAUGGUUCUGUUGACAGUGGAAACGAAUGAAUUGAACGAAAAGGAUUCAAAAUUGGUGUACAAUUUACUUACAAGUUCCGAUUGUAAUAUUGAAAUUUCAGAUUUUAUUGGUUUAUUUCAAAAAUUUAAUCAUGUUUGCAAUCAUAAGGUAUUCUGUGAUGAGGUAAUUAUUAGUCGAGUCUAUUGGAAUAAAUUCAAAGAAAUAUUGUUAAACUCUUCACCAGAGACAGUUACCGAUCUUGUAUCUCAAAUACUAGAGAUGUCUUUGACAAACUAUGAGAAUCAUUUGGAAUCCUUUGAACCAAUGUUACAAGCAAUAUAUGACGAGCAUAUUUUAUUUCACCUAAUAGACUAUUCAGUUGUAGAGACCGCCUCACCUGCACUUUUAUCUUCGGUUCUUGUAGCAACCUCUAAUAUAUUUGAAUGUUGUGCGAUUUUAGCAAAUUAUGAUUAUAAAAUCGGUAUUGUUUUAGUAUUAAAGAUAUUAUUUUACUAUUUUGACUUAAAUGGUCACGAAUUGAUUUCUGCGAUAUUUGAAUCCAAAAAAUUAGAUGAUCAUAUUUUGAAAAAAACAGCUGGUUGCUUUAGUGGGAUCAUAACUGUUCUAAGGAAGUUCAAAAUUAAUUCUUUCCCUAAUUCAUACAAGAGGAGAUUUUUUUUAGCCGUAUUUGAUAUGAUGGGAGAAAAAUCUGUCACCAUCGAAGAUUUUGAAAGUGAUCUAAAAUAUGAGGAUUUGGGCAAUUUAAAUUUCUUGCAAGCAUUUGACCUGAUUUUAUUUUUAGAAAGUAAUAAUUUGUCCUUUAAGAAAACUCUUACCGAACAGUUAAUCUUUGGUCAAGAUCCAUUUCCAUUAACUAAGGCAAUUGUUUAUAUGUCGAACGCUUUGGCAAUAUUUAUUGACCCUAUUCUUCGCGAUUCUAAUACAAAUACAGAACUAAUGAGUGUAGUUAUAAUGAAAAACACUAUUUUAUAUGCAUUCAUGGAUAAUUUAUUGAAAAUGUGGGUGGAGUCAAAUGCUAAAUCAGAAUCCGAUUUAUAUUCUCUAUUGGAUUUGGUUAAAAUCAUCAUGUAUAAGGCCGAAAUUCACAUAAGAAAUAGAGCUCAUCAUCCAAAUAGUCGUCUUGUUCAUUAUUGUGAGAAAUUUAUUAAUUCAGUGGACUACAAAACUGCGAGACAAUGGCAAAUAAAUGUCAUCAAAAAUUCUCAAUGCGAAGAAUGGGCAGACAGUUUGAAAGAGUUUAAUGAAAUGCUUUCUACUCAAGUAUUCGAUUAUGUACGCCAUUUAAGAGUUCUGCAAUUACAAACAGGUUCAUGGUAUUAUAAUGAAAAUCCACUAUCAGUAUCUGUAAAGAACCGUAACAUAUCAUUUGUUAUGCUAUCCGACAAUCAAAAACAUAUAUUAGUGAGAGAUUUUGAUUUUAAAACCACAGAUAAACCAUACAUUGUAGACAAUAAGAUAAUAUCUGGCUCUACGGAUCCCCUAAGCCCUAAUUCUGGAACACGAAUUCCUAGUAGCAAGACUUUAUUAGUUUCUCUGAAUGACAUUGAAUCUAUCGAGAACGAAGAAAUAACGCCAACCAACACAAUAUCAGAUACAAAAACGCCAAAAAAUGUUAUUCUCAAGAAAAAUGUUUGUAUGAAAGUUGACAUUUUAGGCAAACAAAACAAAUUAUUAUUAAGGUUAUACUUUGAUAAUAGAGAGUCUAGAUAUAUUUGGUUAGAUGGAUUGAAAUUAAUUUUACACAUGUCGAAGAAAAAAAAUAAUGAAACAGAUGUUAUAAGACAACUUUCAAAUGAUACAAGAGAACAAAUUGAAAAAUUAAUUGAAGUGCGUAGAAACACUCAAAUGAUCAAUCUUUUCACUGAUAGUUAUAGUGAUAUUUCUGAUAAGACUAGUAUUGAAGAGAUUAUGAAGCGUAGAACAACUGUUUCUGAAGAGAAUAUUAAAAAGGAGAAGAAUAUUCUGAUUGAUGCUACAACAUCAGAAGAAGAUAGUGACGAUGAACAGUAUUAUAAUAUGGACACAUUAAAGAGUUUACCGGCAAACUUGUUUUAUGAUUAA